UCUGAGGCUCUUUGCCAGUGUGCAACUCAAACAUUCUCGUGUGUAUCCCCUUUGUGUAGUCAGAAUGACGGCACCACAGCUUGUUGAAGUCGCUGAUGAGGUGGUUGCCGACCUCAAGAAGAAACUGGUGGACCCAAACUCUAGUCUACCUGAGAAGUACCGAGUUCUAUUUUCAUUGCGGAACGUCAAAGGCGCAGCCGCCCACGACGCGCUUGAGCUUGCCCUCAAGGACGACAGCGCGCUCUUCCGUCACGACGUUGCAUUCUGUCUGGGCCAGCGGCAGGAUUCUCGCGCGGUCCAGGUGCUGACGAGCAUCCUUCACGACAACAAUGAGCACCCAAUGGUACGGCACGAGGCGGGCGAGGCGCUGGGCGCCAUCGGCACCGAGGAGUGCCUCACACCGCUGCGGGAGCACCAGCAGGAUAGCGUACUGGAGGUGGCUGAGACGUGCCAGCUUGCUCUUCAGCGGAUAGAGUGGCUGAAGGCGCACCCCGAGGCGGGCGACGAGGAGUCGCCCUACUACAGUGUGGACCCCACCCCGGCGCUGCCCACCUCCACGCCCACCGAGGAGCUGCGGCAGGUGCUGCUGGACGAGAACAAGCGCAUGUUCGACCGCUACUCGGCUCUGUUCGCUCUGCGCAACAAGGGCGGCGACGAGGCGGUGGCGGCGCUGGGGGCGGUGUUCGGUGCCCGCAGCGCGCUGCUGAAGCACGAGGUGGCGUACGUGAUGGGCCAGAUGCUGGACAAGAAGGCGGUGGACUUCCUGUCGGGCGUGCUCAAGAACCCCGAGGAGCACGCCAUGGUGCGGCACGAGGCGGCGGAGGCUCUGGGCGCCAUCGCCGACCGCGUCACGCUGGAGCUGCUGCGGCAGUACGCCGCUGACCCCGAGCCCAUCGUGGCGCACAGCUGCGUGGUGGCGCUGGACGUGCUGGAGUUCGAGCAGAGCGGCGGCUUCGAGUACGCGGACAAGGGAGCCAACGGCGAGGCGCCGGCCAAGCGACCCAUCUGCCCCUGCCGCGGCUAGGGGGCUGAGCUGGGGGUGCUAGUGCCGGGGGUGCUAGUGCUUGGGGCUGGUGGCGGCUGUAGAGGUUGUGGCGGCUGUAGAGGGUUGUAGAGGCGGUGGAGUAGGGGGAGACGAAGGGGGAAAGGAGGUGCAGGCUGGGUGGGGGGCUGGGGUGUGCGCCGGAUGGGAGGCGCGUGUGUGCGUGCGUGCGUCCUCGCCGUCAGUCGCGCGGCGGGGUAGGGCAGGCUUCGGGAGCGGCCGCUCCCUCGUAGCACCACUGGGUGAUCACUGUCUGUCGUCGGAUUUAUAUGUCGUUCGGAUUCCUCAUUUGUUGACGGGACGGAGGCCGGACCCGGCUGGCCGUGGAGCACGGCAGUGGCCAGGGUAGCGCCUCCGCCACACCACACUCAACACGUGGCGGUGUGGUGAUCCAGGGCUGCAGCCCUCGUGUGGGGCGCCGCUGCUACUGCCGCCGCCGCAGCUAUGACUGCUGCCGGUACUGCGGCGACUGGCCGCCAAUGUGUUGCUGCUAGCGCUGCGAGCCAAUGCCUGCGGCCAUGCGGCGCUCGCGUGCUCGCUGGUUGAGCACGUACUCGAACAGGUAGAACUGCCGCUUCUGCUUGCGGUACAUGGAGAACACCUGGGGGCGUUUUGUGGUGGUGGUGGUGUGGUGGAGAGGGUGACAGGGCGGGGCAGGCGUGAGGUGCGUGGAAGGGGGUGGCGGUUUGAGGAGUGGCGUGACGCGCGGCUAAUGGUGCGAGCGUGCUUGGGGCAGGAC